AAAAACCAAAACAUUGCAAAUAAACGAAUGAAGAAUAUAUAGCAAACAUUGGACGGAAUUGCUUUUUUUGUUGGGAGCCAUCAUUUUAUCCACAAAAAAGCAAUCUUCUAUAUAACAAGCCAAGAUCAUAGGAUUCAAGAAAAAAUAUGGCUGAACGAAAAGCAACGAAUAAAUAUUACCCACCGGAAUGGAAUCCAUCCAAAGGAUCGAUUAAUAAAUUUCGCGGCAGUCAUCCAUUACGGGAGCGUGCAAGAAAGCUUGAUCAGGGAAUAUUGAUAAUUCGAUUUGAAUUGCCAUUCAAUAUCUGGUGUGAUGGAUGUAAUAACCAUGUGGGAAUGGGUGUCCGUUAUAAUGCACAAAAGUCCAAAGUGGGAAUGUACUACAGCACACCAUUAUAUAAGUUUCGUAUGAAAUGUCAUCUCUGUGAUAACCACUUUGAGAUUCAAAACGAUCCGAAAAAUUUGGAUUACACCAUACUGAAUGGGGCUCGUCGCCAGGAGAAUCGUUGGGAUCCAGUCGAAAACGAGCAGAUCGAUGUUGAUAAAAGUGUUUCGAAAAAAAUCAAAACCGAUCCAAUGUUCAAGCUGGAAAACGAUACGAUCGAUAAGAAAAAAGCGAUCGAAAAUAAGAAUGCGAUCGAGAAUUUGGAACAGUUUCAAUCGCGAUGGAAAGAUGAUUAUUCGAUAAAUUGUUCAUUGCGGAGAACAUUUCGAACCAAACGCAAAGAACUGAAGGAACGUGCCACUCAUGAUGUGAGAUUGUUGCAGAAAUCAUCACUGCCAAUCACAAUGAAUUUAGUGACCGAAAACGAACAAGAUAAUCGAAUGGCCAAACUGAUUGGAUUGCAAUCGAAAGAAACGCCCGAACAGCAGAAAUUUCGCAAGCGAAAACAAAUAAUGAAUCAAUCUAUUUUUGGCAUCACGCCCAAAUACCCGGCAAAACGAUCAUCAUCAUCAUCCUCGAUGCAGAAACCGAAACCCAAUCUAUUGAGCAAUGUAAUUAAAUUGAGAAGCAAUGACCGAACGGCAUCAUCAAGUGCUAGCAUGGUACCGUGCAUCGUCAAUAAUUACGAUUCGAGCGACGAAGAUUAGAUAAAUAAACUGUGUAAAUAGAAUUUGAUUGUUUA